UAUUUAUAAGUGUUCACUUAAAAUUGUAUAAGCGAUCGCGUAUAUACUACGAUUGUUCAGUAUUAUAUACAUGAUCCUUUAUACUACACGAUCAUGAAGUAGAAUAUAAAAGAUUAUUUAUAUAAUACUAAACAAUCUUUUAUAUAAUACAAAACAAUCGUUCAUAUAAUACUAAACAAGCAUUUAUAUUAUAAUAAACCAUCUAUAUAUUGCUAUACAAUCGUUCAUUCAAUACUAAAUGACCUGGGGGACAAGAAAUACUGUAGAAUAUCACUUACAUUCUCUCCGUUUUGGAUUUGACGAAAAAAUCUCCUUCUAUACCCAAAGAUACAAUGAAAUGAACAAAGAUGAAAAUGAUUGAUAAUGAGGAUGUUGUACUGAAACUCUGAGAGAACAAUAGAAGAAUGAAAAGCGUUCGAUGAAAAAUGAAUAACUGAGGGUGACCUUCCAUUCUUGAUAUCAAUGUUAUUCAAUGCUAUUGGUAAAAUAUUAGUUAGGAAUAAAUGCGUUAGUGGCCAUUCUUGAUAUCAAUGUUAUUCAAUGCUAUUGGUAGAAUAUUAGUUAGGAAUAAAUGCGUUAGUGGAAUGUUGGUGUUGCACUGAAUACAUAUUGAAUGAAGAGUCGAAGAAAUCGAAAUCGUUGAAGGAAGAAGAAAUGUGACGCGGUUUGAAGAGUUUUUUAAAUUAGAGAUAAAAUUGGUAGUUCAUAAGUUUCUAGGAAUAAAUUAAUCAUAGAAGAGUUUUAUAGAGUUGGUCAUUUCGUAAAGUUUUCCGGGACAUUAUAAGCCUCCUUGAACAUAAUGAGGAUCUCAAAAUUUCCAACAACGAGGCAAAUUUAGAAAGAGAUUUAAAAGCCUUCCAUGUUAGUGAACAAAUUGAACUAAACAAUGUGUAUAAAACAGACACCAAAAAUCCGAUAUUAGAAACAAUUGAAGAAAAAACCCUCUGGUUUCCGAUCCAUUACAUUAGAAUCACAGAUCUCCUCAGGAAUCAAUCUCAGAUCGGUUAAAUUUUCAAUAGAAAGUCAAUUAAAACUACGUUAUCAAUGGGAAGGCGAAAGAUCGAUAUGAAAAUGGUAAAGGAUAGAGGUUGCAGACAAGUCACCUUUUCGAAACGCCGAAACGGUCUGUUCAAGAAAGCGAACGAUCUCGCUACUCUGUGUGGUUUAGAGAUCGCGAUUGUCGUCUUCUCUCCCGGCGGUAAGGCGUUCUCGUUCGGCAAUCCAAAUGUUGAGGACGUCAUCGAUCGAUACCUAAAUCGCGAACCGGAGGCGAUUCGGAUUCCGGCGGUGAGGGAGAACGGAAUGACGAAGAAAAAGAACGAGGAACUGAUCGAUCUGGUUAAACAAUUGCAAAUGGAGAAGAAGAAGGGAGAAAUGAUGGAGAAGGAGAUGAAAUCGAGAGGAGAAUUGAUGAAAAUUGAAGAUCUGGAUUUGGAUGAGCUUUUGAAAUUGAAGGAAUCGUUGGAAAAGCUAAGAAAGAAUGUGAAGAUUGAAGAGAGCGAGGUGGAGGCUUUGUCUUCAUUGCUGCUACUUGCUAAGGAACCAGUCAUGGAGGCGGAUGAGUCGAAUUCCUAAAAUUGAAUUUCAGAAUUUCCCGUGUUUUUUCUUUCUUUUUUUUUUUUUUUUGGGUAUGAUUUUAAUUUUAGAAAUUAAAAAAAUAAAUGGAACCUCUAAAAUUAGU